CAGCGCGCCGCCCGCCCUACCGCGCCGCCCGACGUAACUGCAGCUUUAGCUUUUUGGACUUUUUGCGCGUGCUACCGUGCUUUCGAACUUGCAGCUUAAAGGAAUAUCUGCUCCUUAGUAAUGAAGAUGUGGUCUAUGUGGUGCCGGGCGCUGGUGGGUGCAUGGCUGGUGGCCCUGGGCGCCUCCCUGGAGCUCUACGACCAGCUGCCAGCUGACGAAGUCUACUACCAGGACGAGAAUGACAUCGACACGGGGCCGUCUGGAAACUCGCUGCCGAGCAUCAGCGACGUGAUGAUGCGGAGGCUCCUCAAGGCCUGGCAGAUGCAGAGGUUCGCUGACGUCACUAACGGAAUGCAUUCCAUACCGAUGGAAGGAGGCCCGGGAGGCCUGGAGCAUCCACAGAUGGCCUUCAACGAGCCGAAGGCCUUUAAGGCAUCCGUCUACAAGCGCUUGUCCGAGGUGUACCGCGCGCCGGCGCCGGGCCUCGCCAGGCCGCAGCAGAAAUGGAAGAUCAAGAAGGGGAAGGCACUAGGAUCUCAAAUGGUGUGCUACUUCAAGCUGUGCGCGUUUCGUUCCCCGCAGUAAUGCGCGGGCGCACUCACCACAACGCGUCGCAAUAACAUGCACGAUUACCUUCUGGACUCCAGAGGGGACCCUACCACCGCUGAUACCUGAAAUAAAUUAGAAAAACAUUAACUAAAUCUCUAUUUAAUACUUCGAAGGUUAACAGAAUUGACAGUUUAAAGUUAGAAAAUAAACUUUUGUAAAAAGGAAGGCAAUUGUUCGCACAAAGAUUACAAGUGUAUUGUUCUGUAUGUCAAAGCCUUCGGAAAAGUUGGCUACCGCAAUGUUUUAAAGGCUCUUUUUGUAGUCACUACAAUUUGGCUCUAUGGCGACUUCAAUGUAAAUCCAUAAUGGAUUAUCCCACUUAUUGAUAAAGGUCUGGUAGAGCGGCGUGGAACUAAAAUAACUAGGUAUUAUUUCUUUCUUCUUUGACGGACAAACAUAAUCUAUUAAGUACUUAAUUUCACAAACUCUUAUGCAUUUAUUAUUUAAGUUCUUUCCUCUUCCUUCAAUUCCUGCCUGGCUCAAAGAUUGUCUGGGAGAGUAUGCCAUUAUGUAUUAUAUUAUAACUGCAAUAUAGUUUCAAUAUAAACAAAUAUACCAGCUCACUAGAUACAACUCAUUCAUCAUAUUUUUAUAAACUAGUUAUCAAUGACAACGGCAAGGCUUUCUGUGUACAACUACGGUUAAAUAAAUAAAUAUUACAAAUUAAUAAGUAUUUUUGUAAUGUUACAUUCCGAUUAGCGACAUCCUGUUGAAUACAUUUGUAUAAUAAUAACUUUAGAGGUAAUUCUAGUUAAAUUGUAUGUUCUUUAAUAAAUUUAAUGUUUCCGAA